GUUGGUAGCGGGAAAAUCGAUAGGCCCCAACCGCAGUUCCUGUGCCACGUCCUGUGCUUCGCCACCCCACCCGUCGCGUUAUCCUUGCGAUUAAGAAGUGCUUCCUGGGCAGGUGGCGUACCCUUCACGGCGCACCCAGCAGCAGACGAGGCCUGGCUGUCUGUCUGUGCCAAUCUGUCCUCCUCCAGGACAUCCGCCAUCCAGCCGCACCCGAAUCCACAUGCCAUCCGUUCAAACAGUGGUCUACGAACAGUGACUGCGUAACGUGGAUCUGAGGCUCUCGUGCAGGAGCCCCGGAAAUAGGACACCACGAAAAAUGACGCCCAAAAAACGGGAUCAACACAGUUGAACAGGCGAUGAAGUGAGCAGCGAUAGAGAGAGAGAGAGAGAGAGAGAGAGAAAAAGAGUGGGAGAGAGCAAAACAGGUGUAGGCACUCGCGGACUCCAAUUAAAGCAACGUCUGCAAGGGUGGUGGCGUUGCUGCGCUGUUACGGCUGGUAGAUUAGUGAAAGUACCGACCAAGGAUGUGUUCACGAGUGCUGGUCCUGGCCGGGCUACUAGCGCUACAGCACUACGUAGGAAUUGGCCUCUGUUCGGAGGAUGAAGAACGGCUGGUGCGAGAUCUGUUCCGUGGCUACAACAAGCUGAUUCGGCCGGUCCAAAACAUGACCCAGAAGGUGGACGUCCGGUUCGGGCUAGCGUUCGUGCAGCUAAUCAACGUGAACGAAAAGAAUCAAAUCAUGAAGUCGAACGUCUGGCUGCGGUUGGUGUGGAGCGACUACCAGCUCCAGUGGGACGAGGCCGACUACGGUGGCAUCGGCGUGCUGCGGUUGCCCCCGGACAAGGUGUGGAAGCCGGACAUUGUGCUGUUCAACAAUGCCGAUGGGAACUACGAGGUGCGCUACAAAUCGAACGUGCUGAUCUACCCGAACGGGGAGGUGCUGUGGGUGCCGCCGGCCAUCUACCAGAGCUCGUGCACGAUCGACGUCACGUACUUCCCGUUCGACCAGCAGACCUGCAUCAUGAAGUUCGGCUCGUGGACGUUCAACGGGGACCAGGUGUCGCUCGCGCUCUACAACAACAAGAACUUCGUCGACCUGUCCGACUACUGGAAGUCCGGCACGUGGGACAUCAUCGAGGUGCCGGCGUACCUGAACGUGUACGAGGGCAACCCGACCGAGACGGACAUCACGUUCUACAUCAUCAUCCGCCGCAAGACCCUCUUCUACACCGUCAACUUGAUCCUGCCGACCGUGCUGAUCUCGUUCCUGUGCGUGCUGGUCUUCUACCUUCCGGCCGAGGCCGGCGAGAAGGUAACGCUCGGCAUCAGCAUUCUGCUCUCGCUGGUCGUGUUUCUGCUGCUGGUGUCGAAGAUACUGCCGCCGACCUCGCUGGUGCUCCCGCUCAUCGCCAAGUACCUGCUGUUCACCUUCAUCAUGAACACGGUCUCCAUCCUGGUGACGGUCAUCAUCAUCAACUGGAACUUCCGUGGGCCGCGCACCCACCGGAUGCCGAUGUGGAUCCGGUCCGUGUUUCUCCACUACCUGCCGGCGAUGCUGCUGAUGAAGCGCCCGCGCAAGACGCGCCUCCGCUGGAUGAUGGAGAUGCCGGGCAUGAGCGUGCCGCCGCAACCGCACACCCACCCGUCGUACGGGUCGCCGGCCGAGAUCCCGAAGCACAUCAGCGCGCUCGGCGCCAAGCAGUCCAAGAUGGAGGUGAUGGAGCUGUCCGAUCUGCACCACCCGAACUGCAAGAUGAACCGCAAGCUCAACAGCGGCGACCUGGGCAUCGGCGCCGACAGCUGCCGGCGGGAGAGUGAGAGCUCCGACUCGAUUCUCCUGUCGCCCGAAGCCAGCAAAGCGACGGAGGCGGUCGAGUUCAUCGCCGAGCACCUGCGCAACGAGGACCUCUACAUACAGACCCGCGAAGACUGGAAGUACGUCGCCAUGGUCAUCGACAGGUUGCAGCUGUACAUCUUCUUCAUCGUCACCACGGCCGGCACGGUCGGCAUUCUGAUGGAUGCUCCCCACAUCUUCGAGUACGUGGACCAGGACCGCAUCAUCGAGAUCUACCGGGGCAAAUAGGUGCCCGCGCGACAGGAGUCGUUCGUACUUCAGCGCCGCCAUCUUCAUAUUCCUCUCUCCAUCUUUUUGCAGGCUAUCCGGCAGGCGAACCGUGCGCCGUCACCCAUAAUCUGUUGUUAGAUGCAGAAAAUGCAAAACGCAAAACGCAAAACACAUUUGCUCAAGUGCGCUCUCCUUCCGGCAGGCGGGCGGGCGUGGUAGGUACGGUCGGUACACGUAUACCAACAGCACAAAGAAGAAAAAACAAAUGCCAAACGCAACAUAUAUAGUAACACAAGAAGCGAAUAAUCGAAGAACGAUACAACAUUUAGUACACGCGGAUAGUCCAGACGCACAAAACCAACAACCUAUUCGUGCCAAUCAACGUAGGCAGUGAAACGAACCGCACAUAUUUACCCCGUAAGUGUUUGUGUGGUGUCCUUGUUUUGGUUAAGCUGAAGUAGUUAGCACUGUAACCGGCAACAACAGUGCCAGUGCCUGCGUGUGUGACGGUACCGUAGACGUGAGGUCGGAUCAGAGCGGCUUAAGGACCGUAACCGCAAUGGUAGGCGUAUCACGCGCCCCGCGGGAGUUUUGUAACGGUUGGGUUUUUUUAUAUCGUAAAACGUAAUCUCUAAGUAGGCACAAAAGUCUGCGAUGCAGUGCUGCUGCAUGCUUUCACGGUGUGCCGGCCGAGCACCUGAGGGGGGGCUCAGUGGUUGGGAAAGGAUGCACAACAUGAUUUUAGCAUAAAAACAAACAAAAAAAAUUGCAUUCCCACGUGCUCGAAAACAGAUCGAUCGUUAACGAGCAAAUACUGCAAACUAACUAGAGCCAACAUUUCUACCGGAUACGGAUACAUUUGUUUAAAAUAUAUAAAUAUAUGCAACAUGCUCAAAAUGUUUAUAGUAUUGAAAGUCGGCAUUCGACAGGUAUCGGUAGGUGCGGGUCUACCGAUAGAAAGCUCGAACCGAUUCGUUUAACCACGCGUUGGUGUGGAUCACCGUUUUUUUUCGGAAGGAUGUUUUGUUAUAAGCGACUAUGUAUCCUGACCACAUAGAUUGUUAGCAUUGUGCUCCAAUGUGUCCGUUUCAACCGCCUACCGUCUAGUAUGUUUGAGUAAUAAAACACAUUUCGUUUGCAAGACCAGGCGCGACCCAGACAGGAAGAUUCUGUGGUCUGUGGUAGCACCUGUUUGUGAUAUGUCAAGGGCUCUGAUAUGCCUAGUUCUUACCUACAGUUUUGUCUAUACUUCCGUAAGCGUAAAACGGCGAAAGGCUGAUAGGGAAUUACAACUCGUUGCACUCGUUCACGCUGAGUUUUUAAACAUUCCACAAUUUGCCAAACAGAGCGGACGGAAGGAGAGAAUAAAGAUUGAGUUUUAGCGAAGUGUGAGGUGAGAGGAAGGAGUCACCACUGUUCAACUAUACGGCGCACCCAGCAAAGCAUGAAAGGAUUAUCAAGAAAUUUUAAGUAAAAACAAGCAGCAAACCUACGCAACCCAUAUAACGUAAUCACAGCUCAACGAGACAAAAAAACAAUAACUACUAAAUAAAUAUUUAAAUAAAGGCACCGAUUAUUGAACGAACAAAAUCAAACACAAAAAAAAACGGAACAACCCAAAGGCCAAAGGACAACGUUUCAAUUGAUGUUUCUUUUUUUUGCAUAAAAAGAAAAACGAAAUAUGAGGCACACCCGGUUCGUGAAGCGCCACAGUGUAGUUGAACACAUGUUUUCAAAUGACCCUCACCAACCAAUGAAAGUAUGGACUAAAUGAACGACACACACUCCCUUGUGGAACACAGCGAACCCUGCAUGAAUGCAGAUGCAGGAGUAAUAAAAAUCACAUUGCCAUGUCGGAUGGAGCCACGAGCCGCACAACGACAGUCAACUGAAUGCAAAAGUCAAAUAUGCAGCGCUACACGCUUUCCGGGGGGUCGCAAAUUACCAUAAACAUAUGAAGAACAGCAGAUAAGAAUAGCAACAUAAUAUGCUCUAGGACAAAUGGUAAAUAUGACAAAGAUAACCCAAAAGUUACUACUAUAUGCAACGCCAACACGCAAAAACAGCGAACCAAAGUGAGCAGCACGAGUACCAAAGAAGCAGUGAAAGAUCUAAGAAACAAAAUGGUACUGGAGGGAAGAAAAGGAAACGCAGCAUCAGCAACAGCCCGAAUGCCGAAGGUUGUUAGUCGAAAGGCCGAAGAAAAGCAAACAGACGAUAGUGUAACAUGAUAUACAAUAACUAGGCAAUAUUGUUACAAUUUAGAUAAUAUAAAUAGCGAGUAGAUGAGUGCAAAGCAUCAGUCAGCGACUGCACACUGGCGAGCAGGACACACGUUAACACUGGUGGUGGUCCACAGAUUUUCUUACAUGCACACACACAUGCACACACGCACAUGCAAGUGACAUGCAAAACCGUGAAACAUGUGGGAAACGAGUGGGGUAAGAGGGCAAGUAAAACAUUAUAAAUAAC